ACAAAAUCCAAUCCUUCACACUUCCUCGAAACUUCUUUUCCCCCGGUGAGAGAAAGAGAAAAUAGAAACAAACACAGAAAAAGAAAGAAAAACUCAAAAACUCUUUCUUCAUUGAAUCGAAGAGAAAGUGUCUCGCAUUUUCUCUCUCUCGCUUUGGAAUUCAGUGGGAAAAAAGUCUUCGUUUCAGUUUGAUCUGAAAAUUCGCCGACCUUGUUGAUUUUUCCAUAAGAAGAAGAAGAAGAUGAAGAGGGUUUUCGGCGUGAAGAAAGAUAAAGAGCCUCCACCGUCGAUUAACGACGCCUCCGAUAGGAUCAAUAAAAGAGGUGAAACAGUGGAUGAGAAGAUCAAAAGGCUUGAUGUUGAGCUUAGUAGAUAUAAAGAGCAGAUCAAGAAAACGAGACCUGGCCCUGCUCAAGAAGCUGUUAAAGCUCGAGCCAUGAGGGUUCUCAAGCAAAAGAGAAUGUAUGAAGGACAACGGGACAUGCUGUACAAUCAGACAUUCAAUCUUGAUCAAGUUUCCUUUGCUUCCGAGGGUAUUAAAGAUGCUCAGCAAACAAUGUCAGCUUUGAAAUCUGCAAACAAGGAGUUGAAAGGAAUGAUGAAAACUGUGAAGAUUCAAGACAUUGAUAACUUGCAAGAUGAGAUGAUGGACCUAAUGGAUGUGAGUUCUGAAAUUCAAGAGAGCCUGGGUAGAAGCUAUAGUGUGCCAGAUGACAUUGAUGAGGAUGACCUUAUGGGUGAACUUGAUGCUUUGGAAGCGGACAUGGGAACUGAAGCUGAUGGGGUGCCCUCUUAUCUCCAACCUGAUACAGAAUCCAAUUUGGAUUCGGAACUCAACUUGCCUUCAGCGCCCACAGGACAAGCAGCUGUACCAGCAGGCAGAUCCAAUGCCCAGGCUGAGGACGAACUGGGUUUACCUACUGUGCCUCGGGCAUCUCUUCGUGGUUAGGAAUUGCUACUUUCUGUUGUGCAUUGACUUAUAAUUUGAGGGGAAGCUGGAUAUGAAGCAAUUUCUUGUAAACAUUGUGCAGAACUGAACUUUGAUUGAUAGUGUUUUACGUUUUGUUGUUGGCUAUUUCCCAUUGAUUGGAUUUUCAUAAUAAGCAUUACUUUUUUUUC